GUGUAAUGCCUUCUUCGGGAAUCGCUCAGCAAAACGCUUUUCACUACUUUUCGCUUUUUCUUGUUAUUAUCACGUGGAUCUGUGUUUUUCAGGCUGUUGUUCAUACUGCACCAAACUUUCUGAAACCCGAAGAGAAGUGAAACAUUUGAAUAACAAUGCCACAUGUUGAUAUAUUUACAGAGCCAGUGUACCGUACCUACCGUUCAUCAGAAUGUAGUUGGUCCGCUUUCUACAUCAAACUUGUCAACGUGUUUCGUUAUUUUCUGCCAAUCCUAAUAAUUUUCAUUACUGAUGGUCUGUGGAAAAAAACAAAUACAUUCCGAGAAGUUCCAAAUAUAUCUGUAACUGGGGAUUUUAUUGCUUAUGCAUACGGUCAUGACAGAUCAAUAAUAUCUUCAUCUUAUUCUGUUCUCAACUCUGCAGCUUCUUCGGAACAGCUUUCCACUUCUCAACUUCUUCAUCAUUUCAGUGAUGUAUCUGAAGAAAAUAAACAAAAUUUUAACAACCAGAAUUCAUUGCAAACCCUCAAUAUUGAAUUUCAAAUGAGCACUCAAAAUCUCUCUAUAAAUACUUUAAUCUAUGCAUUUUCUCUACGAAUGCGUCUGGAUUAUCAUUCAAUUGUUGAUACUGAAUUAUUCUUGACUGACACGAUUCAACUAACAUCUCCAAUUGCACAAAUUCAAACUAUUGCUCGUCUUUCAAUGGAUCAAUCAAACCCAUUCUUUACCAAAGAACAUAUAAGAAUAAUUGACAGAAGACGUCAGGAUGUAGAACACUAUCAGAUUCAUUCAGUGUUAAAAAGAAUUACUGGAGCACCUAUUGCUUUGAAGAUGGAGAGAAAGUCUACUCUUCUAUUAUCUGCACCAAGUUCCCCUCAAUCCUUGUCCAUCUCACUGUCGCUAGCAGUUCCAGAAAUGGAAUUCAUCUACAAAACAGGGUUUUGGGAGUUACUCAAAUGGUUUUGGAUACAAUAUCUGGCAUCAUUUACAAUUGUUGAUUACGUUUUUACCUCAUGUACUUCGUAUAUGUUUAGAAAUCGUGUAUUUUAUGUCAACGAUGUUGUUCGUUAAGCUUUAAUGAACAAACACAUCAAAUUGAACACAACAAGAUGUAAUUCAUAUAAAUAACUCUAAAAG